AUGCGAGCAAACCGAGAGGUCCGAUACCAAAAAGAAAUCAUGGGUGUGGAAGCAUUUUCGGUGGUGAAGAAGCCACUGAUGAGUAGAAACGAGGAGGGGAUAAUGAUCCAAGUUGGCUUAACCAACCGAGCUCAAUGCAGACAAGCAUUUGAUAUAUUGGCUGAAGAAGAAGACACUAAGUAUAAAAGUUAUUUUGAUGAGGAUGAUGAGGAAAAUGAGGAAGAUGGAGAAGAUGUUCUAGGGAUUGAGUUUGGAAAUGAACCUGUGGAACCUAUAGCGGGUCAAGGGACUGAUAUAAUUAGAAGAAAGAAAGAUAAAGAAGUGAGAGGGAAGAAAGUGGGGCCUCCAACUGAUGAUGAUUGGGAAAAAGUUGCUGCAUUUGUGAAGUUUAUGAGAGUGUUUUUUGAUGUCACUUUGAAUAUUAGUGCUUCAAGCAAACCUACUGCUCGCAAACCAUUUAAUGAUAUUGUUUCAUUAAAAUGUGAGAUUGAAGAGAUUUUUGAUGCCCCAAUCACAAACCACAACACAAAUUAUGAGAAAACAUUGUUCAACAUGUCAGUCCAAAUGAGGAGCAAGUACAACAAGUACUUUGAUUCACUAGAUGAUGUGAAUGAGCUCAUGUUUGUAACUUUGGUGCUAGACUCUAGGUUCAAGCUAAGGUAUUUCACUAGGGUCCUUGAGAGGAUGUUGAAUUAUGAUGUCUUUACUGUAAAGGUAAGGAAAAGAAGGUUGAAAGAGUUGAUUGUUACUCUCACUGACUUGUAUGCUUCAAUGAAUGUUGUUCAAAGUUCUAGCACAAAAAAGGCAGAUGGUGAUGAAACUGGGAGUGGAAGCAGUUGUUCUUCAAACAAACUGACAGAGAAGAAAGCAAAAAUGAUGGAAGAUUGGAAAAAAGACCUUGAAGAUGUUGAUGUUGUUAUAGUUGCUCAUGAGAUUGACAGAUACCUACUUGAUCCAAUUGAGAAACUAGGUCCAGGAGUUGAUUUUAUAUUUUGUCAUGGUGGAAGCUAA